AUGGGACAAUUCCACCGACAGCAGUCCGUCUGUCAUUUCGACAACGGUCGCGAGUUCCAGAAUGUCAUCGCAAGAAACGUGAAGGACCACUUCAAAAACUACAUCAAGGACCGGGUUCAGCAAGCAAAGGACGCCUUCAAGGAUGCCAAGCGUCUUCUCCCUCGAGAGAAGAAGAAGGAGAGGGACAAGAGGGACAAGAACGUCUCUGAGUUUGUUGGCAACACGGACAAUCGUGAUGACCAUCAUGACUCUGAUGACUACGCUUGGGAAGUUCAUGAUAUCCAAGGUGAACUACUUUCCAAAGGACACGAAGUCUACAAGAACUAA